CGUCCCUUCGUCUCGUCGCCUUUGGCAGGUGCAUCCCAGCACACGGGUGUCGCCACAAGACCAAGUGUUCCUAGACGGAAUCCUUCUUUCCCGUCUUCCCGUGCCCUACGUCCUUUCCCCAGCGUUGCUAACGCGCUUCGACCUUACUCUACUGCCUCCAAAAAGGCUGUGAAGCUCAUUGAGCCACCUAAAAACCAGCCUUGUGUUUUUAUGCUCAACCUAACGCAGGCUGAGUUCGGCAGGCAGGACUGA